UAGCUUGGGGGAAAAAAUAAAAGAAAAUAAACGCACGUGUUGCACUUAGAAAUAUUUUUAAAAUGAUAUAGAAAUAUCAUUCCCGUCAUUUUAAUAGUUCUGAAACAUUAUUCCAUUCGAAAAGAAAUCGGUGGAAAGCAACGAUAAUCAAAUCUACUUUAUUUUGCAACAUCUCUAAUCUGUAACUCUCUUAUAUGCAUUUAUCAUUGCUAAGCCGAAGUCAAGGAAUACCUAUUUCUUACGAUCUUUUAAACCUCUGCGAUUUCUCUAUGACUUGAUUUCAUUAGUACUUCCUGAGUCAAAACUGAAAGAAAAUGGCUGCUUCUCAAGCUCCUCCUGCAACUAUGCCAAAUUAUGUUCGGUUCCUGUUUGGUGGGGCUGCUGGAAUGGCAGCAACUUGUUUUGUGCAACCUUUAGAUCUUAUAAAAAAUCGAAUGCAACUUAGUGGCGAAGGAGGAAAAGCAAAAGAACACAAAACUAGUAUUCAUGCUAUAAAAAGCGUCAUAAGAAAUGAAGGCAUUUCUGGUCUUUAUGUUGGGUUAUCCGCUGGAUUGCUUAGGCAAGCAUCUUACACAACUGUGCGAAUGGGAGUUUAUUCAACAUUGUUUGAAAAGUUUUCGGACGGAAAAAAGCCACCUGGUUUCUUCGUGAAAGCAGGAAUAGGUAUGGCUGCUGGAGCAGUUGGAGCAUUUGUGGGUACCCCAGCUGAAAUUUCUCUGAUUAGAAUGACUGCUGAUGGGAGAUUACCAGAAGCCGAGCGAAGAGGUUAUAAAAAUGUAUUUGAUGCUCUAUUACGAAUUACUCGAGAAGAAGGUGUUCUUACUCUAUGGAGGGGAUGUAUUCCAACUAUUGGCCGAGCUAUGGUUGUUAAUGCAGCCCAAUUAGCUUCAUAUUCGCAAGCUAAGCAACUGUUAAUGUCUACAGGAUAUUUUAAAGAUAAUAUAAUGUGCCAUUUUGCCUCUAGUAUGAUUAGUGGAUUAAUAACUACUGCAGCAUCAAUGCCAGUAGAUAUUGCUAAAACUAGGAUACAAAAUAUGAAAAUUAUUGAUGGAGUUCCAGAAUACAGAGGAGCAGGAGAUGUACUGAUUAAAGUUGUAAAGAAUGAAGGUUUCUUCAGCCUCUGGAAAGGUUUUACUCCUUACUAUGCCAGACUAGGGCCCCACACAGUUCUCACUUUCAUCUUCCUCGAACAGAUGAACCAAUACUAUCGGUUUUAUGUCUUAAAAGAUACCACUUCUGGUGGUGGUGGCCUAUAAUGUCCAAU